ACAUUGAAUAUAAUGAUUACACGUGUAUUGAAAUCAUUAUUACUGUCAACACAUUUGUAUUGUUGUUGUUGUUGUUGACGACACUAUCGGAUGAUUAUCUCUCGGAUGUGUUGACCACUGACCAGAAUGUCCAGUAAUAUUCAAUACAGUAUACUAUUGCCCACAUAUAAUGAACGUCAAAAUUUGCCGAUAAUUGUUUGGCUAAUCAAUAAAUAUCUCGAGGAAUGUGGCUACAAAUAUGAGAUCAUUAUCAUUGACGAUAACUCGCCCGACGGUACUCUAGAGGCGGCCAAACAAUUGCAGAGAAUCUACGGCGACGAUCGCAUUGUGUUGAGACCGCGCGAAAAGAAGUUAGGUCUGGGAACGGCUUAUUUGCAUGGAUUACAACACUCGAGAGGACAGUUUGUCAUAAUCAUGGACUCGGAUCUAUCGCAUCACCCAAAGUUCAUACCAAAGUUUAUCGAGAAACAGUUGGCUACUGGUGCCGAUGUGGUCACUGGCACCCGAUACGCGGGCGAUGGCGGUGUAUACGGUUGGGACUUUCGACGCAAACUGAUCUCUCGCGGUGCCAACUAUUUGACUCAAGUACUCCUAAGGCCCGGCGUUUCCGAUUUGACCGGCAGUUUUCGGCUUUACAAACGCCAAGCGCUGGAAAAACUUGUCGAAAGUUGUGUCAGCAAAGGCUACGUAUUUCAGAUGGAAAUGAUGGUCAGGGCUAACAGUCUGGGCUAUCGGAUCAGCGAAGUGCCCAUCAGUUUUGUUGACCGCGUUUACGGUGAGUCCAAAAUGGGUGCGAUGGAGAUCAUCGGAUUUGCUAAGGGUUUGCUCUACUUGUUUGCCACCGUUUGAUAACAAAAAAUUAAUUUAAUAAAAAUAUAUAAUAAACAGUAAUAUAAUUUGUAA